CCUCCUGUCUCCAUCUUAUACCCUCCCUCCUAUAUCCUCCGGCCCUUCGAUUGAAUCGACUGGCCCAUUUCUAUAUUUCUCUUUUUAAUUAGUUGUAUUAUUUUGUUCUUCUAAUCACAUCUCACAAUGCUGUCCUCUCGCAUCACCCGCGCGCUCCCGCGCACCACUCCUUUCGCUCGCGCUCCCGCUUUCAGAGUCCCCGGUGCUGCCGCUCGCAGAUGGAACUCCACCGAGGGUGGUGAGGAGAAGGUGAAGGGCCAGGUCAUCGGUAUUGACUUGGGUACCACCAACUCCGCUGUUGCCGUCAUGGAGGGCAAGACCCCCAAGAUCAUUGAGAACACCGAAGGUGCCAGAACCACUCCUUCCGUUGUUGCUUUCGCCCAGGACGGUGAGCGUCUGGUCGGUAUUGCCGCCAAGCGUCAGGCCGUUGUCAACCCCGAGAACACUCUCUUCGCCACCAAGCGUCUCAUCGGUCGCAAGUUCACCGACGCUGAGGUCCAGCGUGACAUCAAGGAGGUCCCCUACAAGAUCGUUCAGCACACCAACGGCGAUGCCUGGGUUGAGGCUCGUGGCCAGAAGUACUCUCCUUCCCAGAUUGGUGGUUUCGUCCUCAACAAGAUGAAGGAGACUGCCGAGAACUACCUCAGCAAGCCCGUUAAGAACGCUGUCGUCACUGUCCCCGCCUACUUCAACGACUCCCAGCGUCAGGCCACCAAGGACGCCGGUCAGAUCGCUGGUCUCAACGUUCUCCGUGUCGUUAACGAGCCCACUGCCGCCGCUCUUGCCUACGGUCUUGAGAAGGAGGCCGACCGUGUUGUCGCUGUUUACGAUCUUGGUGGUGGUACUUUCGAUAUCUCCGUUCUGGAGAUCCAGAAGGGUGUUUUCGAGGUUAAGUCCACCAACGGUGACACCCACCUUGGUGGUGAGGACUUCGAUAUUGCCCUUGUCCGCCAGAUUGUCCAGCAGUUCAAGAAGGAGUCCGGCCUGGACCUCUCCGGUGACCGCAUGGCUAUCCAGCGUAUCCGUGAGGCUGCUGAGAAGGCCAAGAUUGAGCUGUCUUCUUCUCUCCAGACUGAGAUCAACCUUCCUUUCAUCACUGCUGAUGCCAGCGGUGCCAAGCACAUCAACCACAAGAUGACCCGUGCCAGCCUCGAGUCCCUGGUUGACCCUCUCAUCAGCCGCACCGUUGAGCCCGUCCGCAAGGCCCUCAAGGAUGCCAACCUGCAGUCCGGUGACAUCCAGGACAUCAUCCUGGUCGGUGGUAUGACCCGUAUGCCCAAGGUCACCGAGUCCGUCAAGUCCAUGUUCGGCCGUGACCCCGCCAAGUCCGUCAACCCCGAUGAGGCUGUCGCCAUUGGUGCUGCCAUCCAGGGUGCUGUCCUUGCUGGUGAGGUCACUGACGUCCUUCUGCUCGAUGUCACUCCCCUCUCCCUCGGUAUCGAGACCCUUGGUGGUGUCUUCACCCGUCUGAUCAACCGCAACACCACCAUCCCCACCAAGAAGUCCCAGACCUUCUCCACCGCCGCUGAUUUCCAGACCGCUGUCGAGAUCAAGGUCUUCCAGGGUGAGCGUGAGCUCGUCAAGGACAACAAGCUCCUCGGAAACUUCCAGCUUGUUGGUAUCCCCCCUGCCCACCGUGGUGUCCCCCAGGUCGAGGUUACCUUCGACAUUGAUGCCGACUCCAUCGUCCACGUUGCCGCCAAGGACAAGUCCACCGGCAAGGACCAGUCCAUCACCAUUGCCUCCGGCUCCGGUCUCUCCGACUCUGAGAUCCAGUCCAUGGUUGAGGAUGCUGAGAAGUACGGUGCUCAGGACAAGGAGCGCAAGGCCGCCAUUGAGGCCGCCAACCGCGCCGACAGCGUCGUGAACGACACUGAGAAGGCUCUCAAGGAGUUCGAGGACCGCCUUGACAAGGCCGAGGCCGACCAGAUCCGCGAGAAGAUUGCCACUCUCCGCGAGUUCAUUGCCCAGAACCAGUCCGGUGAGGGCACUGCCACCGCUGAGGAGUUCAAGCAGAAGACCGACGAGCUCCAGAACGCCAGCUUGACCCUCUUCGACAAGAUGCACAAGGCUCAGUCCGAGCAGCAGCAGCAGCAGCAGAGCGGUGAGGGCGAGAACAAGGCCUAAAUGUACAACCACUGAACUCCCCAUGACUUGAACAAGCCAUGGGUGUUUCCUGUAUUUCACCUUUGCGUUAUUCCCUAGAGCCUUUCCUCUUUUUUCUCUCCGAUGUUUUAACACGCAUGAUAUGUAUACAUACCUGAUAGCUCUGACUGAUCUAUCCCUGUUCCGGUGUAUUGGUGUUUUUAUAUACUCUUUCUCAUGUUCAUUUCCCUUCUGUAUUCUGAUUUCUCUUUUCUCCAAUCCCCUCUUCAUACCUUUCUGGGCCGGGUGAGCGUUUGCACUUCUUUGACAGGAGGGCCAUCCGUUGGAACGGAUGCAUGGAGUUUACAUUUUGUAACUUAAUGACAUUACGGCUGGGAGACCACGAAAAAAAGGAUGUGGUGGGCUGGAAUCUGUGACAAUAGAAUAUGAAAUUCUCCUCUCGAUUUAA